UGAUUGGUCCAUUGAUCCUGGAUCCUGUUCCUCAUCAGUGAGACCACUAGGGCUCCACUAAUGCUUGAGGCGCUCUUUCUGCUGCACGGACGCUACUAUCACCGCAUGAUGUCGACGCUUUCACAAACAAAAGAACUCUUCAGGAACGCAGAUGCUGUUUGUUUUGACGUGGACAGCACCGUUAUCAAAGAGGAAGGCAUUGACGAACUGGCCAAGUUCUGCGGUGUGGGGGAUGCAGUCACUGAGAUGACUCGCAAAGCAAUGGGUGGCUCGGUCACCUUUAAAACAGCUCUGACGGAGCGUCUUUCCAUCAUCCGGUGUUCCAGAGAACAAGUGAACAAACUGAUCACAGAUCACCCGCCGCAGCUGACUCCAGGCAUUAGGGAGCUUGUAGAACGCCUGCACGAGCGCCACAUAAAGGUUUUCCUCAUUUCCGGUGGAUUCCGCUGCAUCGUUGAGCACGUGGCCACGCAGCUGAACAUCCCACUGGAUCACAUUUAUGCGAACCGACUCAAAUUCUACUUCAAUGGAGAGUACGCUGGCUUCGACGAGACUCAGCCCACAGCAGAGAGCGGAGGUAAAGGAAAAGUCAUCAGCAUGUUGAAGGAACAGUACGGCCUCAAGACUGUUGUGAUGAUUGGAGACGGCGCCACUGACCUGGAGGCCUGUCCUCCUGCUAGCGCUUUUAUUGGAUUCGGUGGGAAUGUGGUCAGACAGCAGGUGAAGGAAAGAUCAUCGUGGUAUGUGACGAGUUUCCGGGAACUUAUAAAAGAACUGGAGAAAAUUUAAAUAAGCUAAAAUAGUACUUUUAAAAAAAAACAACAAAAACAAACAAGGAUCAGUAGUUUUAUAGCAGUAUUUGACUGGGUACAGUUGUCUUUAACAACAAUAUAAUUUAGUUUUUUAGGACAUUUGUUAUUCUCUGAAAAUGUCACCCCUCCCCCCAAAUAUCUACCAAUUAUUACAUUAU